UUUGAGGUCACAGACAUAAUUACUGAUUAGCGCACAAACAGUCAAUGAGCCUAGAAGCAUAAUUGAUUGGGAUUUAAUCGAGUGAUGCGACUGUCAGAUUGCAUGGUGGCCAUCCCAACCGAAUACCCUGCAGGUUGUGCGACAUCUCCGAGUACAACAGAUCGAGCCUGGGAGCAAGGACAGCUGGGUCUUACACAUUUAAUUGUGCGUCAUGCAUGCAUGGCUCCUGCACCGUGGAGAUACGUUCCCGGUGCGCUGGGCACUACUGCACACACCGAAUUACCCGCAGGCUCUAACUCUACUUUGACCGACCCCCAGUGACAUGCAUAUAUACACAGAGGUACGCUCAGAUGCACAUGCAUGUGGAGUUAUGUACAUCGCCGAUCUUCCCUUGAAGUUGUCAUGUAGGUGUAUUGAAUCUUUCCACUAUGUAUCAAGGCAUGCAAGAGG